AUGACAUCCAGCACCGCUGCCUCAGACAAUUCGCCCCAGCCAAAUGGUCACGGUGAGAAGAGGAAGGCCGAUGACAGUGCCAGCAACGCUGGACAAGGACACACUCGGUCCAAGCGGAACAGAUACAUCUCCAUCGCCUGCAAUGAGUGCAAGCGCCGCAAGAUCAAGUGCAAUGGGCAGACACCAUGCCAGCGGUGUGGGAACCUCUCCCUCGAGUGCGUCUACGCUCCCAAUUGCUGCACGAACUCACUCAAGGACUCGGCUGAAUUCCGUCAGAUGCGUGAUCAUAUCACGUCGUUGCAAGAACAAGUAAAUGAUUUAUAUGCCAGCCUGAACGAAUUGCGAAAUCGAUCGGACGCUGGCUACGUCGGCGCUCUAGACCCCCAGUUCUCACAGGAUGGCUCCAUUCGCAGCAUGUCCAUGUCCGUCUCCCGCACACUACCUCCUCUUAUCUCGCCCAAGCGACCCUCGAAGGGCCUACCGCAGUUUCAUGGUCCGACCAGCACUCUCUAUGGAUUGGAUGUCGCCAAAUCAUCGUUACAGACAAUGGGCAUCACGCACAAUUUGAUCGAAGAAGGUCUAGGCUCCGCAGAUAGAAGUCGGGCAGCCUCACCCAUUCCAGCGCUGCCACCACAUCCAUCUAAGGACCCUCUGUGGCUGAUCGAUUACAAUGAAGUUGUGCGAAUCCUUCGUGUGUAUGAAGAGGAGAUCGGCAUCAUGUACCCAGUAGUGGACACAGACAAGGUCUUACAACAUGCUAAUGCGCUGUAUAAAUUCAUCGGAGCCUCUCUUCGGACAGGACUUGGGCAGCCGGGUCUUCCCGGAGCAGACACAUUUGAUGAUGAAGAAACCACCAUCCUCAAGAUGCUUCUUGGCAUCACCCUGACUGUCGAGUCCCAUGGUCGCAGUGAGCUAGGCCAAAGGUUCUUCGAUGCAGCAAAGCCUGCCACCGAUCUCAAGCUCGUCACUUCUAUCGACCUGAAGUCGGUGGUUUUGGUGGUUCUAACCGCGACCUUCUACUUCCAAAGGGACGAGGAGGCCCAAGCAUGGCGUUUCAUCGGUAUCGCAGCUCGCAUGUGCAUUGAGAUGGGACUUCAUCGCAAGGAAACCUUGCUCAAGCUAUUUACCACUAAGGCUGAAUAUCAACACGCCGUUCGCAUCUUCUGGACGGUGUAUGCCCUUGACCGACGUUGGAGUUUUGGGACAGGGAUGCCGUUUGCAUUGCAAGAUGCUGAUAUUGACCCUGGUCUACCGGAGCCGGAUGAAAGCCGCCCAUAUCUCAAACACAUUACCAAGUACAAUCAGAUUGCCACCAAGGUAUGGUAUCAUAAUCUUGCCUACGAUGGAGGUCAGCAAACCAAGAAAGACGAAAUUGGGUUUUUGGAUUACCAGAUCCUGCAAUGGUAUCAACAGCUCCCUGAAGCCUUGCAAUUCAAUAGUCGUGAUCUUGCUCGCGAGAAUGAAAUACCCGGGCGCGGCGCUCGACGUUUACGAUUGUUGAUGUAUAUGCGCAGGAAUCAGGCAAGGAUCUCCAUAUAUCGCCCUAUCCUCCACUCUGCAACGAGCAUUAUGGACCAUCGACAUUAUUCACAGAACGUCGUCGACGUGGCCAAAGAUACCAUCAAUACUCUGACGGGGGUGAAUCAGAUCUCGGACAUUUAUAAGACGCAACAGCAGCUCUAUAACUACUUCCUAGUUCAAGCCUUGGCUGUCCUAUUCCUCUCGGUGGCUCAUGCACCGGCUGUUUUCUGCUCACAGACAAGGACCGAAUUCUAUGCUGCUAUCGAGCUCAUUAAGGGAUUCAGCACCAAAUCGCAUGUCUCGAAGAGACUAUGGAGGACGAUCCGUGGCCUCAAGGAUAUAGGUGACAAGAUUGCAUUGUUGGCACGGGGAGGCCCCGGUCCAAACGAUCCUGAUCAGGAUGCUCAAUCUGAUGCAGCUGUGGCAAUGGCCGGGCUAGCCGGCCAUAAAGUGGAAUACCCAGGUUAUGGUAGCCACGGGCAUCGAGCCGCCGGCAAUGAGGAGCUCGGAGUCAGCCCAGAUGAUGCGUUACAAAUGACCAAUGAACUGACCAGUCUGUUUGAGCUUGCUGGUGGAUAUGGUGCAACAACUCCUGGACCAGACGCAUUCAAUUACGUCGGUUCCAAUGGGGAUGUUGGGCUUGGGGAAGGGUUUAAUGUCUUUGGCAACGAGCCAGCACUGACGAGGAUCAUGAACGAGCUAUUUUAG